UCGAAAGAAAAUGGGGAAAAAGUAGGACUGACUCAGUUCCCAGCUCCCAACUUCAGCUCUCUUCUUUUACCUCGUUCAAUGAAUGAAAUGAAAAAUCAGUCCAAGCUAACUUUCUAGCUUCUCCCUCCCCGAUUGGAAAAAAGAAAAGAAGGGGAUUCAAGAAAUUAGAAUCCGCCCCAGAAUUAACAGGGACGAGGAAAAAACAGAGUGAAGGAAAAAGGUUCUUUCUUUUUUAAAAUUCAAGACAAGAAGAAACCCUAUACAUCUGCUGGGAAUUUCUUGGCACUCCCAGAAAUUUUACCCAAUCGGGUUCUCUUAUUAACUCCAUGUCUGUCCUAAUUCAGCUUAAAAAUCCAAACUUGUAACACACACUCAAGGUGAGCUUGUCCUUUCCUUCUUCUUCUUCUUCUUCAACACAGAUGGCCUCAGGGGGAAGCAGAGCAUCAAGCAGUCUUCAUCAUCACCAUACUAAAGGUAGAGGUCAAGCUCAAUCUUCAGGGACAAGCCAAAAUGUAAACUACAGGGAGUCAGUCAGCAAGGCUGUGGCUCAGUACACCGUGGAUGCUAAGCUACAUGCUGUAUUUGAGCAGUCUGGUGAGUCUGGCAAGUCCUUUGAUUACUCUCAGUCCGUUAGAACCACCACACACUCUGUUCCCGAGCAACAAAUCACUGCAUAUUUGUCUAAAAUCCAGAGGGGUGGUCAUAUUCAACCCUUUGGUUGUAUGAUAGCCGUAGACGAGGCUUCGUUCAGUGUCAUUGCUUAUAGCGAAAAUGCGCGUGAAAUGCUUGGUUUAACUCCUCAAUCAGUCCCUAGCCUCGAAAGGCCUGAGAUCCUCACAAUUGGGACUGAUGUAAGGACCUUUUUCACCCCUUCCAGCUCUGUUUUGCUCGAAAGGGCAUUCGGGGCGCGAGAAAUCACUUUGUUAAAUCCGAUUUGGAUUCAUUCAAAGAAUUCUGGGAAGCCCUUUUAUGGAAUUCUGCAUAGGAUUGAUGUUGGGAUUGUAAUUGACUUGGAGCCUGCUAGGACUGAGGAUCCUGCUUUAUCAAUUGCUGGGGCUGUUCAGUCUCAGAAACUAGCUGUGAGGGCGAUUUCACAUUUGCAAUCACUCCCCGGUGGAGAUAUUAAGCUUUUGUGUGAUACUGUGGUUGAAAGUGUGAGGGAGCUUACGGGCUAUGACAGGGUAAUGGUGUAUAAAUUUCAUGAGGAUGAGCAUGGUGAGGUUGUGGCUGAGAGCAAAAGGUCGGAUUUGGAUCCUUAUAUCGGGUUGCAUUAUCCAGCCACCGACAUUCCUCAGGCAUCAAGGUUUUUGUUUAAGCAGAAUAGGGUUAGGAUGAUCGUGGAUUGUCAUGCUACUUCCGUUCAGGUGCUGCAGGAUGAAUCACUCAUGCAGCCUCUAUGUUUAGUUGGUUCAACACUUCGAGCUCCUCAUGAUUGCCAUGCCCAGUACAUGGCUAAUAUGGGGUCAAUUGCCUCAUUAACUCUUGCAGUCAUCAUUAAUGGAAAUGAGGAGGAUAGUGUUGGGGGCCGGAAUUCCAUGAGACUUUGGGGCUUGGUUGUUGGUCACCACACUUCUGCUCGUUGUAUUCCUUUCCCUCUGCGUUAUGCCUGUGAGUUCCUAAUGCAAGCCUUUGGGCUCCAAUUGAACAUGGAGUUACAAUUGGCUUCACAGUUGUCUGAGAAACAUGUUUUGAGGACACAAACACUUUUGUGUGAUAUGAUUCUUCGAGAUUCUCCAACUGGGAUUGUUACACAGAGCCCCAGCAUUAUGGACCUCGUGAAAUGUGAUGGUGCUGCUCUGUACUACCAGGGAAAGUACUACCCACUGGGUGUGACACCUACUCAAGCCCAGAUAAAGGAUAUUGUUGAAUGGUUGUUGGCUUACCAUGGGGACUCAACAGGAUUGAGUACUGAUAGUUUGGCUGAUGCAGGGUACCCUGGGGCAGCCUCUCUUGGCGACGCUGUUUGUGGGAUGGCUGUUGCUUAUAUUACUUCAAGAGAUUUCUUGUUCUGGUUUCGCUCCCACACUGCCAAAGAGAUAAAGUGGGGUGGUGCAAAGCAUCAUCCAGAUGACAAAGAUGAUGGGCAGAGGAUGCAUCCACGUUCUUCUUUCAAAGCAUUUCUGGAAGUAGUCAAAAGCCGUAGUUUGCCAUGGGAGACUGCUGAAAUGGAUGCAAUUCAUUCCUUGCAGCUUAUACUACGAGAUUCAUUCAGGGAUGCUGAUGGAAGCAAUACAAAGGCUGUUGUUCAGAAUCAGAUUGUGGAUAAUGAGUUUCAAGGGAUGGAUGAACUCAGUUCUGUUGCCAGGGAAAUGGUUAGAUUGAUAGAGACUGCAACAGCACCAAUAUUUGCUGUAGAUGUUGAAGGCCGUAUAAAUGGGUGGAAUGCAAAGGUUGCUGAAUUGACAGGCUUGCCUGUUGAAGAAUCUAUGGGGAAGUCCUUAGUUCGUGAUAUUGUUAAAAAAGAAUCAGCAGAAACUACUGAAAAGCUUUUGCUUCAUGCUUUGAGAGGUGAAGAAGAUAAGAAUGUUGAGAUAAAGCUGAGGACAUUUGGAGCUGAAGAAAAUAAGAAAACUGUAUUUGUGGUGGUCAAUGCUUGCACUAGCAAGGAUUACACAAAUAACAUAGUUGGGGUUUGUUUUGUUGGUCAGGAUGUUACUGGCCAGAAGGUGGUCAUGGACAAAUUUAUUCACAUCCAAGGUGAUUACAAGGCCAUUGUACACAGUCUAAACCCACUAAUCCCACCUAUAUUUGCUUCCGAUGAGAACACCUGCUGUUCUGAAUGGAACACUGCUAUGGAAAAGCUCACUGGAUGGAGCAGAGGGGAAGUCAUGGGGAAGAUGUUAGUAGGGGAGAUUUUUGGGAGUUGUUGUCGGCUGAAAGGUGCAGAUGCUAUGACUAAGUUCAUGAUUGCUUUGCAUAAUGCAAUUGGAGGCCAGGAUACUGACAAGUUCCCAUUCUCUUUUUUUGACCGAAGUGGGAAAUAUGUGCAAGCUCUCCUGACUGCUAAUAAGAGGGUCAAUAUGGAUUGCCAGAUUAUUGGAGCCUUUUGUUUUGUUCAGAUUGCAAGUCCUGAAUUGCAGCAGGCCUUGAAACUCCAAAGGCAACAGGAAAAGAAGUGCUUUUCAAGGAUGAAAGAGUUAGCUUACAUAUGUCAAGAAAUAAAGAAUCCAUUAAGUGGUAUACGCUUUACUAAUUCACUCUUGGAAGCUACAGAUUUAACGGACGACCAAAAGCAAUUUAUUGAGACAAGUUCUGCUUGUGAGAAGCAGAUGUCAAUGAUAGUAAGGGACGUUAAUUUGGAUAACCUUGAGGAUGGGUCAUUGGAACUUGAGAAGUCAGAAUUCUUACUCGGGAGUGUAAUAGAUGCUGUUGUUAGCCAAGUAAUGUUGUUGCUGAGGGAAAGAGGUCUACAACUGAUCCGGGACAUUCCAGAGGAAAUAAAAACCCUGGCUGUUUAUGGUGAUCAAGCAAGAGUUCAGCAGGUCUUAGCAGAUUUUUUGUUAAAUAUGGUGCGUUAUGCACCCUCUUCUGGCGGUUGGGUGGAAAUUCAACUAAAACCAAGUUUGAAGCAAAUUUCUAUUGGGAUAAACAUUUUGCACAUCGAAUUUAGGGUCUAUGUUGAAAGAUGUAAAUGGUGCUAGUUGCAAGGAUGGUAAUUAAAGCAGGAAAAGCUCCUAAACCAACCACCAAUUAAGUGCCGCCAGAACAAAUAACAAUUAUUGCAGAUGCUUGUCUUCAGGCUCAAGUUGUUCCAUAUCGUUCAUGGACGUUGAUUUUGCCAUAAAAUUGUGUGGCUACUCUGACUCACGGCAUUAUGUAGAGAAUUGCUGUUAAAAAUUUAAAAGCUGGCAUAUUUACCAAGUAAUCUGAGAAUUUUUAUGCCAUGUGCUAUCUUGGUGAAACAAUUUUUAUGCAUUGGUUCUUGUGAAGGAUUGUCUGCCCCGGCGAAGGUCUUCCUCCUGAACUUGUUCAAGACAUGUUCCAUAGCAGUCGAUGGGUGACCCAAGAGGGGCUGGGCCUGAGCAUGUGCAGGAAAAUUUUGAAGCUUAUGGAUGGAGAAGUUCAAUAUAUUAGAGAGUCUGAAAGAAGUUAUUUCUUGAUUACACUUGAACUGCCCAUGCAGCGGAGAGGUUCAAAAAGUGUGGCUUAGUCUAUUAACGGAUUGGAUACAAACCAACUCUCUGGUUCUAGAAGCAAAGCUAGUGCUAAAUCUCCAGUGUUUACUUGGAAGUUAAUGCUUUCCUUGGCAAUCAAAAGAAGCUUUAUUUUGUGGGUACUGAAAUCCAAUGUCAGGAUCUGCGGCAUUUCAGCUAUUUGGCCUGUUAUCGUGCCAUUGGUGCCCAUGCUUGACUGUUGCUGUUUGCCAACCUUGAUCAAGAAUUGUGACCCCAGUAUUCACAUGGAGCUGGAAGAUUUCUUGAAAUGUGACAGGGAUACGUUUACUAAUGACUCGUCAAGUUCCCUUCCCGACUGUGUACUGCAUGCAAGUAUACAUGGGGCCAAAAGGUCAAAGCAGGUGUUUGUAGUUCUUGGCUUAAAGAUAACCCUGGUGAUACGGUUCUAACAAUAAGCUUGUAUUGAGAAGUAUAUAUAGCCUGUAUAGAUACGGUUCUAACAGUAAGCUUGUAUUGAGAAGUAUAUAUAGCUGGUAUUGUUAAAACUGAGUAUAGAUCGUCUCAGGUCUUAGGGUAUCCACAUGUGCAGCAGUUUUACACUUUUACUUUAUGGGGUGCUUGAAAGUUUUGAUCGUCUUCUUGUCUUGCUACUUUCUUUCAGGCUGUAUGAUAGCAUCAUUGGUCUGUUUCCUGAUUUCAUAAUUGUAAUAAUCUACAUUAGAUAGAUUAGACUGAUGAUUAAAAUAAACAAGAUCCUCUUUGAGAGGACUUUUUGGUAAA